AUGUUAAAUAAUAAAAGACUGAGACUUGAGAGGACGUUAGACGAAAAUAUAAUUCAAAAUUGGUUCGAUGAUUUUAGUAGUGACGAAGAAUCUUUUGGAGAGGAUAGUGAUUCAGAUGAGGAUAUUGUACUUAGAAGUGAUCACGAUACCAAUUCUGAAGAAGAGGCAACUGAUUCCGAGAUAGACGAGGUCCGUGAAAAUACCGAUAAUUUUUACAUAGGAAAAGAUGGAAAAACAAAGUGGUGUAAAAUAAAACCUCCUCGAAGUAGAGACGCGAGGCUUACAUGCGUAACAGAAAUUAGAGCCUUUAUUGGACUAUUAUACCAAAUAGGAUCCUUUAGGUGCUCCCGUAAAAAUAUACAUCAACUUUGGGACAAUUCAAAAGGAAAUGGAAUGGAGUCAUGUUAUUUGACUAUGAGUGAAAAGAGAUUUCGUUUUCUUGUAAGAUGUUUACGGUUUGAUGAUGUGCAUGAUCGAGCGGUUCGUAAACAAUUUGACAAAUUAGCUCCUAUUAGAGAUAUUUUUACAUUGAUGGUUGAUAAUUUUCAAAAAUAUUACUGCCCCAGUGAAUAUGUGACCAUAGAUGAGCAGCUAUUAGCUUUUCGAGGAAAAUGUCCAUUUAGGCAAUAUAUUCCGAGUAAACCGGCCAAAUAUGGCAUAAAAACAUUUGCUCUAGUUGAUCCUAGAAUUGUCUAUACUUUAAAUUUAGAGACCUAUCUUGGUGUACAACCCGACGGACCAUACAAAAUUAGUAAUGCUUCUCAAGAUGUAGUUUUGCGAUUAGUUGAACCUAUUUUUGGAACAAAUAGAAAUAUUACGGGUGACAACUGGUUUACCAGUAUGCCUUUGAUUAUCAGUUUGAAAGAAAAAAAACUUACAUAUGUAGGUACAAUUCGUAAAAAUAAACGUGAAAUUCCAAAAGAAUUUUUACUAAACAAACAACGAGUUGAAACGUCAUCAGUAUUUGGAUUUCAAAAAGAAUGUGCAUUGGUUUCAUAUUGUCCAAAAAAAAAAUAA